CGCUGCAGCCAGGAUGAACUUCAGUCUUUUAGCAGUUAUCACCACCACUACUACUACUACUACUACUACUACUACUAUUGCUGCUGUUACUACUACUAUUACUGCUGCUCCUAGUGUUAUUACGUCACUGCUCUACACUCCACAGAGCUACGACCGCCGGCUUCGAAUAUAUAAACCACAUACGCAGCAUCACACACAGAAAUGAGAGCCACUUGGGUUACAUUAAUAGGUCUCGCUAUGCAAAUUAUAGUGUCAGACUGCGGUGUUGUAAUGAGUGCACCUCCGGGCAUCAACGCUCUAUGUCCCGUCACAGAGUCAGGAGAAGCUACUCUUCUUCCCAACCCUGACGACUGUGGCACUUACUACUCCUGUAGCUGGGGUGUUGCAUACCUGAUGCAGUGCCCAGGAGACCUCCUCUUUGAUGUUAACCUCCAUGUUUGUACCUGGGCAUGGGAAGCACAGUGUUUCGUACCAUCUACUACUGAGGAACCAACACCAUCACCACUACUACUGAGGAACCAACCACCACCACCCACUACUACUACUACUACUACUACUGAGGAACCAACCACCACCACCACUACUACUGAGGAACCAACCACCAUCACCAUUACUACUGAGGAACCAACCACCACCACCACUACUACUACUACUACUACUACUACUACUACUGAGGAACCAACCAUCACCACUACUACUGAGGAACCAACCAUCACCACUACUACAACUGAGGAACCAACCACCACCACUACUACAACUGAGGAACCAACCACCACCACUACUACAACUGAGGAACCAACCACCACCACUACUACAACUGAGGAACCAACCACCACCACUACUACAACUGAGGAACCCAAACCCCACCCACUACUACAACUGAGGAACCAACCACCACCACUACUACUACUGAGGAACCAACCACUACUACUGAGGAACCAACCACUACUACUGAGGAACCAACCACCAUCACUACUACUACUGAGGAACCAACCACCAUCACCACGACUACUGAGGAACCAACCACCACGACUACUGAGGAACCAACCACCACGACUACUGAGGAACCAACCACCACGACUACUGAGGAACCAGUCACCACCACCACGACUACUGAGGAACCACACCACCACCACGACUACUGAGGAACCACACACCACCACUACUACUGAGGAACCAACUACACCACCACACGCUAUGGGAACCAUACCACGACACCGUCCCACCAACUCUACUACUACUGAGGUUCCCACCAACUCUACUACUACUGAGGUUCCCACCAACUCUACUACUACUGAGGUUCCCACCAACUCUACUACUACUGAGGUUCCCACCAACUCUACUACUAUUGAGGUUCCCACCAACUCUACUACCACUGAGGUUCCCACCAAUACUACUACUACUACUACUGAGGUUCCCACCAACACUACUACUACUACUACUGAGGUUCCCACCAACACUACUACUACUGAGGUUCCCACCAACACUACUACUACUACUACUGAGGUUCCCACCAACACUACUACUACUACUACUGAGGUUCCCACCAACACUACUACUACUACUACUACUGAGGUUCCCACCAACACUACUACUACUACUACUAAGGUUCCCACCAACACUACUACUACUUCUACUGAGGUUCCCACCAACACUACUAGUACUACUACUACUACUGAGGUUCCCACCAACUCUACUACUACUGAGGUUCCCACCAACUCUACUACUACUGAGGUUCCCACCAACUCUACUACUACUGAGGUUCCCACCAACUCUACUACUACUGAGGUUCCCACCAACACUACUACUUAUACUACUGAGGUUCCCACCAACACUACUACUACUGAGGUUCCCACCAACACUAUACUACUGAGGUUCCCACCAACACUACUACUACUGAGGUUCCCACCAACACUACUACUACUGAGGUUCCCACCAACACUACUACUACUGAGGUUCCCACCAACACUACUACUACUGAGGUUCCCACCAACACUACUACUACUGAGGUUCCCACCAACACUACUACUACUGAGGUUCCCACCAACACUACUACUACUACUGAGGUUCCCACCAACACUACUACUACUGAGGUUCCCACCAACACUACUACUACUGAGGUUCCACCAACACUACUACUACUGAGGUUCCCACCAACACUACUACUACUACUGAGGUUCCCACCAACACUACUACUACUGAGGUUCCCACCAACACUACUACUACUGAGGUUCCCACCAACACUACUACUACUGAGGUUCCCACCAACACUACUACUACUGAGGUUCCCACCACCAACACUGAGACAUCCAGCUCCAGUUUCUCUGAGGAACCUGGAUCUUUUAGUACCAGGGUCAUCACCUCACCACCACCUCUCCCAGUGUGUCCUCAUACGGAUGGAACAGUUCUUGUGUACUUACCCAAUCCAUAUGACUGUUCCACAUUCUACGUGUGCUUUAACAGUUCACCACACUUAUUCUCCUGUCCUUGUGGGACCUACUUCGAUCAGAGCAAGCAAGUGUGUCACCUUGCUGCCGAAGUGAACUGUGAAGUCCUGGUAAACUGAAAAGUUUAGAUCGUAGAUUCGAUAUGUGGGCGAUGGCUUUUGUGGGUUUUUGGUAGACACAUGGAGUUGUUGAUUGAUUCAGUGUCUCUUGUUUCUAAGUCCAAAACUCCCUUGGAGAUUCUCAUUAAGCUAAGCUGUAGUGUUAACUUAUUUCUUUGCUUUUUGUAUUAAUGUAAUUACUAAGUGUCAACUUGGUGAUUUUAAAGGAUUAUUUUGCCAAAGUGGAAUACGUAAUGGUGAGCUCCCUCCUGCUUGGCACCGUUACUAUCAUCAUCAUAUGGUGAUUUCCCUCAUGCUAGGCACCAUUGCUGCCACUAAGAUAUGGUGACCUCAUGUUAGGCACCGUAUCACUAGGACCAUGAUAGUCAACUCUUCCUGACCAUUUGGACUUGUUUAGUAAGUAUGUGAAGUCUCCAGCUAUCACGAAAAUCACGUCACAUUUUUACAGGAAGACCAAACACUGGAAGGGGUUGAUAAAAGCAGAAUCUGUCCAUCACUGCUGUCUGUGAAGUAGGUUUCUUUUUCCCCACAAUGUUGAGUCUAGUGUCAGUGAUGUUACAGUUAACAUAGUCCUAAACUUGUAAUGUUACAAGUAAUAUUCUUAAACUUCAAGAUUUUCUUAAGGCAUUUAUUCGUAUAUAGUUGUUAGAUUUCAAUAAGAAUUUGUAAAAUAUUUAAGAAUGCCUUAAAACUGAUGGAGAAGCCUGUCUUUGAUGACAAUUCACUAUCUCGUAAUUUAAUUACUUUGAACAUCAGUCUCGUAACUGUUAUCUCGAUAAUAACUCGUGUAGGCUACCAUGUAGCAUAUUAAUUUAAGGUUUUCUACAAGACCAAGACAUAUUUAUUUCAGCAUGAUGCAGUGUUUGUACAGUUAGAUGACAUUUGGUUGUGCAUCCAGAAAGCCCAUAGUUAUGCAGAGCAUUUUUUUGUGUAGAAACCUGGGGUAUCCCUACCCCUUAGGGGUAUUGGAACCAAAUAAUGGGGGUAUGGGACUCUAUCUCUGAACAAUUUAAAAAAAGUUGCUAUAUAAGAAUAAAAUAUUACUGUUAUUAAUAUGGGUUGAGGCUGCUAACUAGGCUGGAUAUCGAGCAAUUUUGGUAUGAGCAGAUUGUGGCUUACUUAGUGAUGAGGGUAAUGAAAGUUUUGGUUCCCUUCAUGAUUAUAUAUAUCUGUGAAACAGGAGUCUGCAUUACUGAACCUGAAAUUGAAGUGGAGAAAUAGACUUGUCAGAUGACAUGCGUGUGAUAUGAACAGUAACUAUACCUUGGUUGUGCACUUAUUUCACGCAUUGAGUGUCCAUGGUUCGAUCCCCGGUAUGGAUGAAAAUAUUGGAAGUGUUUCCUGAAGACGCCUGUUGUCCCUGUUCACCUAGCAGUAAGUAGGUAGCUGACUGGUGUGGUUCGCAUCCUGACGACAAGAUUUACCUACUUUGCCCGAAAUGCAUUGCAUUACCAGGGGCUUGAUAUAUAGUAUGCCACUGAUGUUAGCUAGGUCUGUAUAAGUUGUAUCAUGUACGUACUUGUAGAAAUUAUUGUAAAAACGUAAAAAAAAUCUCACUAGCUUUAACAAUCUUGUGUGUUUGUGAUUUGCUUUUUUCUACAAAUAAAUAUGAUAAAAUCCUGA